UAUCUAUUUGCAGCUUUAAACUUUAAUUGGGAAAUACUGAGUACUUCCCUUCUAAAAAGGUCAACAAUUGCUUUGCCUUAAGGAACAAGGGAAGUCACCAGGAGAGUGAUGAGGUAGGGCUGGACUACCAAGUAACCUAGAAGCAUAGAGGUAUCUGGGAAGUGUGUGUGUGUGUGUGUGUGUGUGUCUUGUGUGUGUGUCUUGUGUGUGUGUGUGUGUGUGUCUUGUGUGUGUGUCUUGUGUGUGUGUCUUGUGUGUGUCUUGUGUGUGUCUGUGUUGGGGAUCGGGGGAGGUGGUUCCUGCUUUGGUCGCCAACCGGGAGAAGCAGUACAAGCCUAUGGGAGGUCAUUAUGCCAAUAAUGAAUCUUGUCUUGGUUUGGAGGGAAUUUUCAACGCUGGAUUGUUUAGUAUUAGUCAGACUCCUGUAGUUAAGAGUGGUCUAACAUUAACUUAAUUAAAACACCAGUCAGAUACACGUGAAGACUAAGGCGUGAGAGUCUCGGCGCAGGCUGGCGGACAGUCAGAACCCAGAGGCGGUCAGCUCCCCGGACGCUCCCCACGACCGGCAGGCGAACCUCUUUCUCAUUGGCCACCGCCCGGCAGCCUCGGGCGCCCAUUGGCCCGCCCCGACUCCCGCUUCUAUAAGAGGCGGACAGCGGGAAUCCGCGGACAGACCCAGCUCACCGCUAGUGGCGCCCAAGGCAACCCUCCCUUAGACACCCCCAAAGAAAGGGAGUCUGAUGCAAAGCCUCUCAGCAUCUCAUCUCAUCACCUCCACCCAAGCCCAGGACUAAGACCUUGGGUACCAGGUUACAACUGACAAAGAGGCAUAGGGCCUAGUAGUUCAGAUCCUGUCGAUAGUCCAGAGAAGUAUACCAAAUUCAUUAUGAUUGAAGACAAUAAGGAAAACAAAGACCAUUCCUUAGAAAAGGGAAGAGCAACUCUCAUUUUUUCCUUAAAGAAUGAAGUUGGAGGGCUUAUAAAAGCACUGAAAAUUUUCCAGGAGAAGCAUGUGAACCUAUUACAUAUCGAGUCCCGAAAAUCAAAAAGAAGAAACUCAGAAUUUGAGAUUUUUGUUGACUGUGAUAUCAAUAGAGAACAAUUGAAUGAUAUUUUUCAUCUGUUGAAGUCUCAUACUAAUGUUCUCUCUGUGAACCUACCAGAUAAUUUUACUGUGAAGGAAGAUGGUAUGGAAGCUGUUCCUUGGUUUCCAAAGAAGAUUUCUGACCUGGACCAUUGUGCCAACAGAGUUCUGAUGUAUGGAUCUGAACUGGAUGCUGACCAUCCUGGCUUCAAAGACAAUGUCUACCGUAAAAGACGAAAGUAUUUUGCAGACUUGGCUAUGAACUAUAAACAUGGAGACCCCAUUCCUAAGGUUGAAUUCACUGAAGAGGAGAUUAAGACCUGGGGAACCGUGUUCCGAGAGCUUAACAAACUUUACCCAACCCAUGCCUGCAGGGAGUAUCUCAAAAACUUACCUCUGCUUUCUAAAUACUGUGGAUACCGGGAAGAUAAUAUCCCACAACUGGAAGAUGUCUCAAACUUUUUAAAAGAGCGCACAGGUUUUUCCAUCCGUCCUGUGGCUGGUUACUUAUCACCAAGAGAUUUCUUAUCAGGUUUAGCCUUUCGAGUUUUUCACUGUACACAGUAUGUGAGACACAGUUCAGAUCCCCUCUAUACCCCAGAGCCAGAUACCUGCCAUGAACUCUUAGGUCAUGUCCCUCUUUUGGCUGAACCUAGUUUUGCUCAAUUCUCCCAAGAAAUUGGCCUGGCUUCUCUUGGAGCUUCAGAAGAGGCUGUUCAAAAACUGGCAACGUGCUACUUUUUCACUGUGGAGUUUGGUCUGUGUAAACAAGAGGGGCAGCUAAGAGUCUUUGGUGCUGGCUUGCUUUCUUCUAUCAGUGAACUCAAACAUGCACUUUCUGGACAUGCCAAAGUAAAGCCCUUUGAUCCCAAGAUUACCUGCAAACAGGAGUGUCUCAUCACAACUUUUCAGGAUGUCUACUUUGUAUCUGAAAGCUUUGAAGAUGCAAAGGAGAAAAUGAGAGAAUUUACCAAAACAAUCAGGCGUCCAUUUGGAGUGAAGUAUAAUCCAUAUACACGGAGUAUUCAGAUCUUGAAAGACGCCAAGAGCAUAACCAGCGCCAUGAACGAGCUGCAGCAUGACCUUGAUGUUGUCAGUGAUGCCCUGGCGAAGGUCAGCAGGCAACUGAGCAUCUGACAGUUGCCAGCCUAAUCCCGAAAGCAUCUGAGCAUCAAUUCAGAGGCCUGUGGGCCAGCUAUUGCUUUGAAGACCUGGUUGUGGAAGGACAGCAGCCAAAUAUUCUCUACUCCUAUUCUUUAAUGGACCACUAGUCUUUGAAACUUGUACCUGGAUACUCUAGCCACUGUUUUGUUUUUU